AUGGAAAACAGAGAGACUUCUGGUGCCGGAAAAGCCAUCGCAGAGGAGUUGAUCCCGAAGAAAGUUCACUUUAGACAGGAAGACGGAGAUUCUAACAACGAUAUGAUGAUCGAUCUGACCUCGGAGCAGCCCGUUUCGUGGAAAGAUAAACUUAUCGGUCAAUCAUCAAAGAAUGAGAGUACUGGUUCGGAAGGAAGAGAGGAUUUUGUUAUUAUGGAUGGCGACAUUCAAAAAUCUUUUGUGAAUGGAAUGCCUUCUAUAACUUUCUCGGACAGGGUUCAUCAAUUUUUAAUACAAGGUAUGGAGAAUACCGUGAUUUUAAAAUUGCUUGGUUGUAACAUAGGUUUUUCAGUUUUGCAGAAUAAAUUAUACAAUCUGUGGAGACCUUCAGUAACCCUACAUAUAAUGGAUAUUGAGAAUGAAUAUUUUCUGGUUAAAUUUCAAAAUAAGUUGGACUAUGAAAUGGCUCUUUCUGAAGGCCCUUGGAUUAUCUUUGGACAAUACUUGACGGUUCAGCCUUGGACGGUAUCUUUUGAUCCCUCUCAGGCAUACCCAAGCAUUGUAAAGGCGUGGAUCAGGUUUCCUGGUUUACCGGGGUACUUAUACAACCAUAAAAUUAUUUUUGAGAUAGGAGGGAUGGUUGGAAAAGUGGUUAAGCUCGACAUGAACAUUGACAGUAGAGCUAGAGGGUGUUUUGCUAGAAUGGCGGUUUAUGUUGACUUGGAUAAGCCUUUGGUUUCCCAAAUCUUGAUUAAUGGAAGAAAACAGAACGUGGAAUAUGAGUCUCUAUCCACAAUCUGUUUUAGCUGUGGAAGAUAUGGUCACGUGGAAAACUCUUGUAUGUUCAGGAAUUCAGGUGUCACCGGAGAAAAGAGUCUUACUGCACAUGAAGAGUCGUCGGGGAUUUAG